UCAGAAGUUUGGAAUAUCUCUUCUGUUCAGCAUCCAUAUAAUAGUUACUGGAAAAUUAUUACUGUAACAACAUGGAGGAGGUAACCAAACAGGUUUCGGAUAAAGACUUCGAGGCUGCGCUUAAUGGCUUGAACGAGUUGAAUAUAAGCUCCUUAAGCUGUGAUCAAUUCAAAAGUGAAUCGGACAAAAUUUUCGAUACCUUCGUGGCCUGUCACGCAGGGAACGAUUCGCAGAACAAGAUUGCCAUCAAAUGUCUGAAUCUGCUGAAGCGAUCCUGUGCUGUGGGAGAAACGUUCCAAAAUGAAAUUAUCUCCAAAGAAACGUUCCUUGUCACCGUUAAGGGGAUUUUGAACGAUGACACUAUUCAGCAAAAUAUCAGGUUAAACUGCCUCCAACUGCUGGCCAACUUAUGUGUUCAGAACAAACCCAAUCAGGAGAUGAUUCUGAAAGAAUUCAAAGACUACCUACUGAAAUGCAUUGAACAUAAUACUAGUUUUAUUAAUCCUGCCACGAUGAUCGUUUACAAUGCAUUCAUAUACAAGGCUAACAUUGGUUUGGACGCUCAGGAGCUGCUGGCAGUUCUUCUGACCAAUGUGGAAGCUAAUCGACUAGCUCAGAAGGACACACCCGAAUUUGUUGGCAUUUUUCUCGAGUACCUGAUGUGCGAAAGCAACGAAAUUGUCGACGGAUAUGAGCGGAUCGACUUCGAAAAGCGUAUCCUGUUCAUACGCUAUCUGACCGAGUACAUACGACAGGAUGACCGGCGGAAUAGACCACUGCAGCAGGACUUAUUCAAGCACUUGUUGGUUGAUUUCAAGAAGAAAUCCGAUUGCGUUCUGAAGACGGACGAUAGUUAUCUAGAUAGCGAGAAAACCGACGAAGUGUUUACUCUGCUGGUGCUACUUUCCGAUGCAACGUGCGUCGAGCCAUAUGGAUCGUUUUUGAGGGCGGACGGGGCGCUUUUCCUGAACAUGGGAUGUCUCCUACGACAGCUGCAAGUUUUUGGCAAAAGUGAAAACGUUAACAUAUUUACCCCAGUUCAACAGAUUGAAGAAAUCCUCAAGGUAAAGCAAGGCAAUAGCGAGCUUAACAUUGAGCAAGACAUUUCCUAUUCGCUGAAAUCUUCCCUCGUAAAAGCUUUAACAAAUCUGUCAUACAAGAACAAGAAAAAUCAAAAUUUAGCCCGAGAGAUGGAGAUUAUGGCAACGAUUCUCGAAUGUACCAAUUUGGACGCGAGAAAUCCACUCAUCAAAGAAUGGAGCAUUCUAGCGAUUAAGAACCUAUGUGACGACAAUUUGGAAAAUCAAAAAUUCAUUGCAUCGCUGACGAAAAUAGGUGAAGCGGAAAAUUCUCUUGUAACGGAAUAUAACAGCGCUGGAGGGACCAUUCGGAUCAAAAACAGUUCCUCAGCGUGAUCACGUGGACAGUGAUUUCGUUUGGACCGAUUGGAUUUGUUGAAUUUAUUAAAUAACCGUAGACAGUUAGAGAAAGGUCCUUACCUUGGGAAUACUGGACUAGAUUUUUUAGACAAACAAUUUUGAUGGAAAUUGUUCGUAGAACAAUGCUGCAUGUGGUUUGCUUAUGGGUUUCUGUUCAAAGCUGAAAAUAAAUUAUUUGAAAUUUC